AGGGUGAGGGUUUCAUGAUCGGCGGGCACCUCGAUAGGUUUUCCCACGCCAAUGAUGAACUAAUGCGGACGGCAUUAAAGAAGCUAUUCCGAUGUGCUGCUGCUUGCGUGUCCCUGUCGGCAGACGGGUCUGACUGCAGCCCAUUGAGUGACUGGAGAGGACUUUUUUUUUUUGGCUAAACUCCUGCCCCAGGUGUUGCUGUUUGAUCCCUACCGGUCUCCGUACUGGAAUUUCAAGUGCAUGACGUCACUCCCGCUGCCAACAAGAAAGUUCGCAAGUCCUGGGCAGAACUUUUUUUUUUCCCUCCCUUAGAGAAAGAGGGGGGAUUUAACUCCAAAUUCGCGGUGUCUCAACUACGGCUAAAUAAAGUCUUACGUAACGCUCUCCUGUGUGCCUUUUUCUAAUGAUAAGCGUACGGCCAGCCCCAGGGAACCAUGGUAAUAUAGGCAAAAGCAAAGUCAACGAGCAAGGUUUAGAUGGAGGAUCGGCAAGGUGACGAGUCUUACCGUUGUGUGGGGUGUGGAAGCAGGAUUCUGGACACUUUCUACAUCAAAGUUCUCCAAGACGUUUGGCACAACUCCUGCUUUCAGUGUUCAGAGUGCUGCGACCACUUGACUAACUGGUACUACGAGAAAGAUGGCAAGCUGUACUGCCGCAAGCAUUACUGGGAGAACUUCGGAGAGUCCUGUCAUGGCUGCUCUCUGCUCAUGACUGGCCCAGUCAUGGCGGCUGGAGAGUACAAAUACCAUCCCGAGUGCUUCGUCUGUUUGAGCUGCAAGGUGGUGAUUGAGGAGCGAGACACGUACGCUCUUGUAGAGCGCUCCAAACUGUACUGCGGGACGUGUCACCAGCAGAUUGUUCUGACACCCGUGCUCGAGAAACGCUCCUCCGUCUUGGCCUGCGAUUCGUUGCCUCACACCGUCACCCUGAUCUCCGUGCCAGCGGCCACCAACGGGAAGAGGGGACUCUCUGUGUCCGUGAUCGGAGACUGUUCAGGUGGCACCACCAGUGUACAAGUCAAAGAAGUUCUCGGAAUGCACAUUAGUCCAGAAGUUAGGAAUGCCAUCCACGCCGGUGACAGGAUUUUGGAGAUCAAUGGAGUCCCAGUGGGAACGCUGAUGGAAGAAGAGGUGGAAGACCUAAUUCAGAGGACGAACCAGACCCUCCAGCUCGUGAUCGAGUAUGAUCCGGUCAGGCAGCGGCUCGACCGGCUCAGGCUGGGCUCUCCUCGUAGCCGUCUGAGAGUUCCCGGUGCUUCCCGACUGCGGCUGCCCUCCCCCGCGGAUCCGGUGCUGGAGAGCAGGGAGACCCUGGAGGACAGCACACUGAAAAGGAGGUCCCUGAGGCGCAGUAACAGUAUUUGUAAAUCCCCUGGCCCUGCAUCUCCCAAGGAGUACCCCGGUCUGUUUCGGGACAUCAGCCGCUCCGAAUCCCUGCGUUCCUCCACCAGCUGCUCCCACCGAAUAUUCCGGCCCUGCGACCUCAUCCACGGCGAAGUGCUGGGAAAGGGCUUCUUCGGACAGGCCAUCAAGGUUACACAUAAGGCAACCGGAGAGGUGAUGGUAAUGAAGGAGUUAAUUCGUUGUGAUGAGGAAACCCAGAAAACCUUCCUGAAGGAGGUGAAAGUUAUGCGGAGUUUGGAACACCCUAACGUCUUAAAGUUUAUUGGAGUGCUAUAUAAGGACAAAAGAUUGAAUUUAAUAACGGAGUUUAUAGAGGGGGGGACGCUCAAGGAUUUCAUCAGAGACAUGGAUCCGUUCCCAUGGGAGCAGAGAGUUAGUUUCGCCAAAGGCAUCGCUUCUGGGAUGGCUUAUCUGCACUCAAUGAGCAUUAUCCACAGAGACCUGAACUCGCACAACUGCCUGGUCAAGCUGGACAACACCGUGGUGGUGGCGGACUUCGGCCUUUCCCGUCUGAUCGUGGAGGAAAAGAGCCGGGCUCCUCCGGAGAAGCAGUCGGCGAAGAAGCGGACGUUCAGGCGGAUCGAUCGCAAGAAGCGCUACACCGUGGUGGGGAACCCAUACUGGAUGGCGCCGGAGAUGCUGAACGGUAAACGAUAUGACGAGAGGGUGGAUAUUUUCUCUUUUGGGAUCGUGCUCUGCGAGAUUAUUGGGCAGGUGUAUGCUGACCCAGAAUGCCUGCCCAGAACUUUGGAUUUUGGACUCAAUGUGAGGAAGUUCCUGGAGAAGUUUCUUCCUGAGGAUUGCCCCUCGGCCUUCUUCCCACUGGCUGUAGCUUGCUGUGAUCUCGUGCCUGAAAACAGGCCCACCUUCGAGAAGCUGGUGGACUGCUUCGACGCGCUGGCCCUGAACCUGGAGCUGGGCAUCCCCCUGCCAGCCGAGCUGGAGGUGCUGCACCACCACCUGUGUGGAGCGCACAGCCCCGUGGGAGCGGACCUGCCGGGGAGCGGGCCCCCGGUUCGGCACCCGGCCAGCGCCAGCCUGGGCGAGAACGGGUCCUAGCUGCCGCCCGCGCCUCUCGGGUUCCGCACGUCGGGGCGCACCGCCCUCCCUGUGAGAGGCCUGCGGAAAAAACGCCCGGCCCAGACUCCAUACCAAGUGUCCGUAAGUCCGAUGAAAUCCCGAGUGUGAUAGAUUUCUUCAAAUGUAGCGUUUUAACAAAAAUGUGUAGCCGUUGAGCGAUACUGGACUGUUGAAAACGCCGAGGCCAAUGAGCAUUUCAAGAGCGGCAAGCUGUCUUCUGCGUGAUGUACGAUUUAAUGCACAAGCAGUGUCUCAAAUAGCUGCAUCUAUUAGACAAAACUUAAACGGGACAAACAGUACACUACAUUCCUCAUUCUGGAUUCUGAUGCCAGAGAAAACAAAUGAUUUUCUCUUUAAUUCCAUCUGUGGGAUAUUUGACCUGACUUUCAAAGCUUUGAUGUGUAAAAGCUUGAUUUUUUUUUUCUUUGUGAAGAUUUCAGUCUGUUUACUAUGUGCCGGACAUGCGCUGUCUUAGCUUAGCAUAGUGUGAUUCCUCCAUCACCGUUCAUCAGUCUGGUAAAAUCUAACUGCUGUUAAGUGCUGCAGUCAUGUACACAAUAUUAAACUUUAACUGAGUUUCCAUUGACCAUUUAGAAAGAUGACCUAUUAGAACAGAGCUCAGCAGCAAUGGAUAAGACUUUCAAGUCAGACAGCUACAGCAAAACAAAUCUUUAGGGGAAAAAACUGUAAAAAAUUACAUUCAGUGCUAACGUAGUAUAUUACAUAAUAUUAUAAGACUACCUGAAUGGCACUGUUAACUUAUCACUUUUGUAAGAUUUCCUUAUUUUGAAUCUGCUCAGCUUUUUCGGAUUGUAUUGUAUUUCAAAGAUGCAUAGAAUUCAGUCAGUGCUACCAAUAUUUGGGAGCACUAAGAUGGACCGUAAAUUUCAUCCAGCCCCUGUCUUGGAAGCAGCAAUCUGCUGAAUCAAAAAAGGUACGAUAUCCCCCUUUCGGACACUACUUAGAACGAAGAUUAGCACAAAUGUGUUAACGAGACAGUUUCACGGUUGAAAUUUUGAAUGUAUAGUGAUUGUUUUUUUUUAAUGAGACACUCUCAUGCGUAACUUAAAAUCACAGCCACAGUUCAUUCCUAAAAAUGAUUUGUACAAAAAACUGGAUUUAUUUUUUUUAAGAGGACUGUAAAAUAGAAAUAUAUAUAUAUAUGAGUGUUUAUAUAUUCUUUUU